AUGUCAACAGUGUGCUUACAUAACCAGGAAAACAUACCAGCACUUCUUUUAGGGAGCGCUCUGUUUGGGGUUGAAGGAAAUGGCUUGUUAGGUUCCUCAGGAGUAAUCAGAAUAGAGGACCAGAGGGAUGGUGUACUGCAGGGCUCCUGUUUUCCUACUGAGAUGUGUAAAUUGGGUGCCCCAGCUGUAUUGUUUGCCCGUGGAGGGCAGUGGUCCUGCUCAAUUCUUCCUCACACAAAACUCAGUCUGUCCUCUAAUAAAGAUCCUACAGGUAGUGGUUUGAAGGAGACACCAAUGUAUUAG